AUGGUGGACAGCGAUAUCCAAGUAAAUCAAAGGCGAUGCCCAGCGCUACAGAGCAAUGGUGAAAGGGGGAUGGAGCGCCGGCAAGAAGCUUCUACAGUGUCCUCGAUACCGGCAGCUACAGCACCUGGAUUCCCUGCAAUCCAUGCUCCGGUUGUUCAAGUGGGCUCCAAUUGUUCGAGCCCGGCAAGUCGUCUACCUAUAAGUAUCGGUUCGAACAACGAUAAUAAUGUUAACUGUAGCCUUCCUCUGCGCUACUGCGACCAAUCAGAGCUGGACAAGAUCUUGUCCUCUGAGACACUCUGUGGGCUCUCAGACAGUUCAGGAUUUUGUCUUCGGAUGUGCGAAUUGUUGGAAGUAAUUUCUCCCGCCGCUAGACUUCAGUUUGCCGGUAGUUCCACGUUAACCCCUGAACAUGCAGUUCCACCAUUCUACACGAAUGCGGUUAGUGGAGUCAUCCAGAGCUUGUCGUUUCCCGGUUUUGUUGGGUUUGGGAAGGAACCUCUCUCCUUCGUUUCUCAGACGGCCACGUUAUAUGACAGUACGUUCUCUUAUUGCUUUCCCUCACUCUUCUCCUCUGCUUUCACGGGGUCUCUCCUGCUGGGGAAAGGGGCUGUUUCUGCGUCGGGCUUGAAGUUCACGCCCCUCUUGUCCAACGCUAGGUACCCUUACUUCUAUUAUGUGGGGUUAAACGGAAUCUCUGUGGGAGAUGAGCUUGUUUCCAUCCCUGAGGGGACCUUGACAUUGGAUGAGUCGAUGGGAAGAGGAACAAUCAUUGAUUCGGGAACAGUUAUCACUCGACUAGUGGAGCCUGCUUACAAUGCGAUGCGAGAUUCUUUCCGCCGUCGCUUUCUAGUCUGA